CUGCUUCCUGCUUUCGAAACGUUCCAUUGUGAGGAGCUUCCAUUGUGACGUCUCGGCUUCGGCGCCGCUUUAUCUGUCCAUAUAUGGGCAGCUACGUCACGGAGCUUUCCCGUCGCUCACAUAAAUAGGCUGGCGGAUUUCCCUGGCUGAGCAUUUGGGCUGCAGUGAGGGAACCUGCUGAACGAGCGAGAGAAGAAGGCAGGGAAGGAAGAGCGAGGCCGGGGAGGAGGAGGAGGGGAGGCAGGGAGGGAUUAAAGAUUCCCACCAUCUUCUGCCAUCACAUCUGCAAAGCAGAUCGGGACUCCCACCUCCUCCCUUCAGGAAACACCUCCGGGGAUCCACCGAGGAUUGCGCGCCCCCGCCGACCACCCACCUUCCCACCCUCCUCCGCCCACUGGCCCCCUCCCCGGGCCCACAGCGCCUUCUUUCCUCCCCCAGCAGCGCCCCCCUUGCCGCCGCAACUUUUCUCUCGCAUGGUCUCCUUCGCACGGAUUUGCCACGCGGAUGCCGCCUUGUCAGGAGCGGAGCUCGGAGCCGCUUUGAACCCGCCGCCGCCGCCGCAGCCUCCUUCUCCUCUUCCUCCAGUGCUAUGACAGGCAAACUCGUGGAUAAGCUGCCAGGGACCAUGAACGCUUUGAUGAACCAGUUGCCUGACAAUUUGUACCCCGAGGAGAUCCCCAACUCUCUGAACAUCUUCUCCAGCAACGGCGAGGCGUCGGUGGCUCACUAUAAUAACCAGAUGGCGACAGAUAAUGUUAUGGAUAUUGGCUUAGCCAACGACAAGUCCGGCCAAGACCUGUCGUCGUACUCGGGCUCCUUCCAGCCCGCCCCCGGCGGCAACAAAACGGUGACCUACCUGGGCAAGUUCGCCUUCGACUCGCCGUCCAACUGGUGCCAGGACAACAUCAUCAGCCUGAUGAGCGCGGGCAUCCUGGGGGUGCCUCCGCCGCCGCCGCCGCCCUCCUCCAGCGCGCAGGCCUCGACGGGCAGUAUGGUGCAGGUCCAGAGCCAGGGCGACGUCGAAGGCAUGUACCCAGCGCUGCCCCCUUACUCCACCUGCAGUGACCUUUACGCGGGCGAGCCGGUGUCCUUCCACGACCCGCAGGGCAACGCCGGCCUCUCCUACUCGGCGCAGGAUUACCAAGGGGCCAAGCCCGGCGGCGGCGGGGGCGGAGGCCUGGAGAGCAACCUCUUCCCCAUGAUCCCGGACUACAACCUCUACCACGGGCACCCCAACGACCUGGGCAGCCUCCCCGAGCACAAACCUUUCCAGAACCUGGACUCGAUCCGGGUCAACCCGCCGCCCAUCACCCCCCUGGAGACCAUCAAAGCCUUCAAGGACAAGCAGAUCCACCCGGGCUUCGGCAGCCUAGCGCAGCAGCAGCCCCCGCUCACGCUCAAGCCCAUCCGGCCGCGCAAGUACCCCAACCGGCCCAGCAAGACGCCCCUGCACGAGCGGCCGCACGCCUGCCCGGCGGAGGGCUGCGACCGGCGCUUCUCGCGCUCCGACGAGCUGACGCGGCACCUGCGCAUCCACACGGGCCACAAGCCCUUCCAGUGCCGCAUCUGCAUGCGCAGCUUCAGCCGCAGCGACCACCUCACCACGCACAUCCGCACGCACACGGGCGAGAAGCCCUUCGCCUGCGAGUUCUGCGGGCGCAAGUUCGCGCGCAGCGACGAGCGCAAGAGGCAUGCCAAGAUCCACCUCAAGCAGAAGGAGAAGAAGGCCGACAAGGGCUCGGCGGCGGCUGUCGGGGGGGCCGGGCCCGGCGGCUCGCCCGCCGUCUCGUCGCUGGCCCCCGUGGUCACCACCUGCGCGUGACGCUGCUCCCGCCCCGCCGAGCCCCAGUGCCUCUCCAGCGCUGUCUUUCGUGCCCACCGGGCGCAAAACCCGCCGAGCAGCGGCGGCGGCGGCAGAAGCCGUUGGCCUCCCCAGGCUCCCGCGAAAGGGAUGCCUUUGCGCGCAAGCCUCUCGCCGCCGCCAAGCUGGUGGUGGGAGGAAGCCUUGAACUUUCCGCCGGAUCGUCUUGAUUCUCAGCGGCUUAGGAGAGGAGGGCAAGCGGGGACUGAGCCACUUCUCCCGGAGGAGCUGUCCUGGGCAUGGGGUGCCUGGCGGGGGAGCUCCGUCUGGCACGUGUGAAAGGGUAGCGGAUGGACACGGGAAAACUUCCCUGGAUUCCUCUCCCCCUACCCCAACAGAUGCCCUUCCUCUGAUCUUCCUCCUUUCCUUCUCCCUCGAUGGAGGGGGGCACCAAAGCGCAGUGCGUGCUGCCCGUGGAGGCGUCUGUGCGCGUGUGUGUGCGUGCGUGCGUGCGUGUGUCAGCCUCUUGAACUGAACUUGACUGCUUUUUAGCCAACAGUUAAGUUCCCCGUCCCUUGUGCACCAUGGAGCGGGGCCCCCCACCAGAGCCUUCCCCCCCUCCCCUCCCUUCCCAGUCCCAACGCCCUGGGGAGAUGCUGGAAGAAACUGGGUGACUUUUGCAAUGGAUGGCGAGCCAGUCAGUCCCUUAGGAAGGCGCUGCGGCUGUGCUGCUUUGCUGUGGCUGCGGCUGCCUCUGUCUUGGUCUCCCUCUCGGAGUGCCGGAGUCGCCUUGCUCUCCUUUGCCAUGACUGGGGAGCAACCUGGGUGAUUUCUGGCUUUUUCACAUGGAGAGAGUCCUUCCUCUUUUUUCUUGGCAAUUAAGCCCCCUUUCCCGUAAGUCUUCCUCUUGCUCCCUUUUCUCCCUCCCUCCCCCAUCCCUCCAAAAGUAUUACCCGACCUCCUCCAAACCUGUAAUAAAACCAAUGACACUCCGGCCCGCCCGCCCGCCCCCC